UUGUCCUUGUGUAUGUUGAUCAUAACCUAUGUAGGUUUACAAAACACAUUUUAUAUUUCUGGUUUAUAUACUGUACAAGUUUUCAAUUGGUCAAAACUGUGACUUUUUUAAAUGGUAAAAAUAUGGUCGUGAUUUUAAACGAAAGUCUUCAAAUAAUAGAUAAUCCAAUGGAGGAAAAUAUAGUUGUCCGAAAUAGGGGAGGCGGCUGCAUUGUUGCAAAUCCACCUUUAUUUUCAACAGACGGAAAAUAUAUUUACAUAGUUUGUGGCUGCUCUAUAAGUGCAUACAGUAUUCUAACUGGAGAGCAUACUCAUGAUUUUGUUUCUGAAAGCAAAGAAGAAUUUGUCUAUGCCACAACGUACAUGCAUUAUUUAUUGGGAGCAACUGCCAAGGGGAAUUUGACCAUUUGGAGCAAGGAUGUAUCUGUUAAACAUGUGAAACUCACUCUGCCAGAAAACACAGCGUUGGUGCAGAUACACGCUGUUGCUAGUCCAUGGAGGAACACAGACUAUAGUCUGGUUGUUGCUGUCAAACAACAUGACAAGAGAGACCUUCAGCUGUAUCACUACUCGGCCACAGGACAGUACCUGACCAAUCUGUAUGCCAGGAUCGAGAAUAAACCUCAUACUAUGUCAGUUUGCGAUGAGUUUGUGGCAAUAAUAAAAAAACAGAGACUUACGGUUAUUCCACUUCAGGGCAAUCAAGAGAAAAACAGUAUGUUGGCGGGGGGUGGCAGGCUGUGGACAGCUGUAGCGUGCCCCGCCAGUGGUGGUGGAGUGGCAGCGGGGGAUGAUACUGGUCGUAUCCUCUACUGGCCACAAGCUCUUUCCAGUAAUGCUAGAGGUGUUUUCCAUUGGCAUACACUGCCUGUACACACCAUCACAUUCUCUCCAUCAGGUAGUUACAUGUACAGUGGUGGAGGGGAGGGGGUGAUGGUGAGGUGGAAUGUGGAAGCUCCGAAUGUUCGACACUUCCUGCCACGACUACCAGCACCGAUUGUCCAUCUUGUAGUGUCAGAAGACAAUCAGUACGUCGCCGUCGCCACACAAGACAAUGGUAUCCAAGUGGUCGAUGCCCAGAACAAAGUGUCCUGUGUGAUCCAGAGACUAACCUGGGGUGUCACUCCUGUCCCGGGCCUCAGCCAGGUUGGGAUGUUCCCAGCCGGGCUGGUCUGGGACUCUCGCUCCCGCAGUAUGGUGCUCAACGGCCGUCCCGGGCAUCUACAGUUCUUCAGCACUGACGAUGAUAAACUCUUGUACAACCUGGACAUCGUCGGACAGAACUACUUGUCACAAGAGAGGACUAAGGAGAUUAUCAACACCGAGGUGACCAGAGUGGCCGUCUCCUACGAUGGCAACUGGCUGGUUACCGUGGAGACGCAAGACGAUCAACACGCCUGCUGUGACACUCAACUCAAGUUCUGGCAGUACAAGUUCAAUGCCAGGCAGUUCAGUCUCAACACCUGUGUACAGCAGCCCCAUGAGAGAGCCGUUACAGCAGUCAAGUUCCAGCCGCAGGUGGCCAGUGACACGUACCAGCUGGUUACUGCGGGUCAAGACGGCAAGUUUAGACUGUGGCAACCCUCCGUCACAGAGUCCAUACACAGCGAGGGACUGAGGUGGGUGUGUGACAGUGUAGGUCACUACCACUGCCUAGUGCCCGAGUGUGUAGGGUUCUCAGCAGACGGCUCUGUGCUGGGAGUUACCUUCGGUCCAAGUCUCACUCUCUGGGACUCUGAGCUGUGUCAACUCAAUACCUCACUCACCAGGGACAAGCGAACACUCAGAGCAGUUGAGUUUGGUUCUCACGAGUGUUGCCACCUGGUGGUGACUGCUAGCGAUGCAGAGAUGCAUGUUUGGAGUGUUCUGUCCCUCACCAUUGUCUGGGUCGUCAGAAUCAAGUUCUCGCUGCUGUGUGCUGACCCCCUCUCUUCCUAUAUGGCAGUGAUCACAACCGACAAUGCUGUGUUUGUGUUUGCUCCGUCGAGCUCUACACCAGUGUAUGAAAGACGAGAGGUUUGUCGCCCUGACACCAGUGUGUUGGCAGCCAUGUUUGUUCCUCGACCACACAAGCUGCUAGACACUGCUGCUGCCUGGUGUUCUAAUUCCCAACUGCACUUCAUUGAUUCUAACCAGGAAUUGCAGUUUCUAGAGCUGGAGAGUGAACCGCAGCGAGGCCCUGUGAGACGACCCGUCCCCUCUGCCGCUGUCACACCCUUCACUGUACUGACGGCUCAGCAGACGACAAACACGACAGAGCGACAACAACCCUUGUCCCACAUACAGCUGGGCACAGCCGGGGACCAGGCCGUCAGAAAGUUGCUCACCAGUCCAGCCAACACGAUGCCUCAUAUACAUCUCUUCUGCAAAUCGUUCCUCAAGUCACUUGCAGUAACAAGAAAAAAUGAAGAUGCCAAGUCCAAAGAAGAACCUGAGUUGGAGAUCAAAAUGGAGGUUGAUGAAGACAGUGACAAUGAAGAUGGUUUAGUUAAGAAAAGUGCAGAUUCAAACAAUGGACGGGACAGUCAAAAUGGGCAAGACCUAACAAUGAUAUCUUCCAUGAAGAAAAAGCCAAGAAGAAAAGAACCCAGGGACAAGAGAAAGGAAAACAGUUUUUCUAUGGAUGAUCUUGAUACGGAUUGGUUUAGUGUAAUAGAAACAAGUUAGGUAUAAAAUAUAAAGUUUAUAAUUUUGUUA